UGUUUGCAAUUGAGGGUGAAACCCCCUUGAAAAGCGGGCUGCUAUGAGGGUUGAGCAUGGAAGUCUGUCUUAUCAAUUACGCUGGCUUCCUCGAGAUCAAUCGAGUGAGAUCCUUGCUCGGGCGACCGAGAAGAUUUCCAGCGUCGCGGCCGGGGUGCUUCUCCCUAAUGCCUCCUUCUUUAACAUUGCCCACAGUUUCCCAACUUUUCGCUCUGCGCCUCCAGUUCCAGACUACUUGACUAUUCAAUCAGGUUGCCCUACAGUCCAGGGAGUACUUUUCACGUGCCACCAUCACGUUAGGGCUUCAAACUCUUACUUUUCCCGGCUCGAUUUUCCACCUUCACAUAUUGCCCAUGUGUGCAAAUCAAUCGUCCUUGCACUGGGUGGAGUAGUCUCGACUGUUCAAAUAUCCGGCGCGCUGUCAUCAUCAGGAGUGGUCAAGCUCCUCGAGGGGUCGAGUCCUCAGGAUGUCGACGCCGCUAGGUGGAUCAGGCUUCUGCCGGCCGAUCAUAUCCGAAGGGGAACCACAGGACGAAGGUCGGCAUCCACCAGGUCAUCCUGUCCGAUCCAGUAGGUCCCUCGCAGUCAUGUCGCGGAUAGUACAUGCUUGCGACCGGUGUCGCGUGAUGCGGACGAAAUGCUCUGGCGGCGAUAGAUGUACGAAAUGUGUCAAGGACCACGCGACAUGUAUAUAUGGGGAUCGCAAGCGAGAACGCAACAAAAAAGAACUCGUGAAAAGCUUGGAUCGUAUAAACGAGUUAGAAGGGGAAGUUCAUGUCUUACUUAGUGCGCUACGGUCUGUGGCAGUGAGUGACGAUUUCGACUCCUCCAAACACCGGGAUACAGUUGAUUUGCUGUCAAGGUAUUCCGCCGAGCCGACAGAGAGUGGCUGGGCACCAAGUAAUCAGUCGUCGACUGCGGCGAGCAGCAGCAAGCAGCGACAAGAGACCUUCAGCCCUAUUGAGCUUGCCGAGUCACGCGGCGGACAGGGCGAAAACGACGUAUCGUCAGCUGUCGGAUCACCAGGUAGACAAGGUGAAUUGGCCUCUGUGGUCGACUUGGAUAGUGGCGCUGGGGUUUCUGGCUUCGUUGGAGCCAUGUCAGAACUGUUCUGGAUUCGACGUGUCUUCGAAACGCUUCAUAAGAAGGACCCCUCGCUAGGCAGGGGAGAGCUUACAUUUCUGGUCGGCGAGACGGACCUUGCUCCGACCACGACACCGGAUUUAAGCUUCUUCAUGGAUGAGUCUGAUCUCUUGGCCGUUGACGAAGAUUUUGUCGACCCCUACGAGUGGCCUCCUGCAGGGACGACGGUCUUACUAUCGGAAGCCUAUUUUCACGCCACGCAGGGUAUCUUUCCGUUCGUUCUACGUCAGCCUUUCUUAGAAACCAUGUCCUCCUACCGAGCGCAAAACUCUGCACAAAGUCAAAGUCAACGGUGCUGGCUGGCAAUGGCAAACCUUGUGUGGGCUAUCGGGUCGAAGUGGCUUCAGAUCACGAAGCUCGAUCGUCCGAAUGCCCAAGCAUCUCACCUUCUAUAUUACGCCCGAGCCCGCGCACUCGGCCUCGACCAUCGAGUUGUGUCUGAUCAUCCAGACAUUGACCGCGUACAAGGAAUCGGUCUUCUCGCCUUUUAUCUUCUUAUCAAUGGGUCUAUCACUCGAGCAUGGAAUACGUUAGGCUCUGCUACACGCCACGCGACGGCCCUGGGUCUGCACCUGACAGUUACAGACACUGGACUCGACGAUACAGAUAGGGAAAGACGGGCACGGACAUGGUAUUCAUUGUACAGCUUGGAGAUACUGAUUGCCGAAAUGACAGGGCGACCGAAGUCCAUAUCCUUGUCGGACGUGACGAUAUCUAUCCAGGUAUUGCAGGGACCGCUGACCGAAGAGACAAAAUGGUCUCAGCAAAAUGACGGCCAUAUAUCUCCUAUCGAGUCAAGAAGAAUAUGGCUCGACUUUUUGAGAGCGGGCCGCGAGCUCCCCAUGGCUGCUAAAUGGGACAAGACGCCGGGGAUGAGCUCCCUGUCUCUCGGGCGCGGCCUGUCACCUCUAUAUUUUCCCCACCGGCUCUAUUUCUGUCAUCUGAGUGAUAGGAUAGCUACGCAAUUAUACAGCGGAACGUCCAACGACUCUUGGUCCCAAAUCCAACGCAAGAUCAGCGAGCUUCAGACUGACUUGAGCUACCUGAAUGAGACGUUACCGGACGAGUUGAGACUACAGAGUACUGAUACUGAGGACACCGAUCCCCGGGCACGGAUAGAGUUGGCCAUGUACUAUUACAGUCUACAGAUGAUUCUCCAUCGACCGUGUUUAUGUGAGAUCGUCAUCGACAAUCAAUCGGAAGAGUCGCAAGAAUUCAACCAGAAUUCGGCGCGGAGAUGCGUAAGCGCCGCGAUGUCUUUACUGGAUAUUAUACCGGACAAUCCCACUGCACACGAGGUCUACCAGUAUCUGCCCUGGUGGACACUAUUCCAUUACGUGGCACAAGCGACGGCCGUCUUGAUGCUGGAAAUGGCGCUCGACUGCCAGCACUUUCAGGAUGGGGCCAGUGAACUAAUGAAAUACCUGCGCAAGUCCAUGUCAUAUAUAUGGUGCAUGACCAGUGAUUCGCUCACAGCGUACCGAGCAUGGAGGGUGUUCAGACCGCUGUUGUCGGCUAUUCGAAUCAAGAAUGAUCCCUAUGGCACCGUGGAUAUACCGGAAGAAGCGCCCCGGCCGAAAGGGUGGACAGAGAGUAACGAGGCUUCGAUACGGCGGACGUUUUUAGCUUCCCGUACACGCGGUGGAGGGGAUGUACAGGCACAGCGCAAUCGAGCGUAA